CUACUGACGUGCGUCAUCUUUAUGCGCCGAAUACUUGCUCUUGUGGUUGCCGAUGUAGAACUAAAUAGUGAAUUUGUCGACUGGUAAAUUUGUCAUUCGGGUUUUGAAAUAAUGUUAUGUUGUUAUUUUUUCUAAGGCUAUAUUGACUUUCUAAAUAGCUGAUUUUAUUUUACACCAGUUUGGAGAUCGGAGAUUCAUCGACACUGUUUUCUCAUUUCUACUCGACACGUGGUUACACAGAUCAGCAUGGUUAAAUCCAGCUCUCAGACAGAAUCAAAAACAUCAAGCAGUCAAGGUGUAAAGGUAACUUCAGAAAUGGCUGCUGCUAGCGGUGUUGAAGAGGAACUUUUCAUGGACAAUGAACAUGUUAUCAGUGCCAGUGAAGAUGAGGAGGGCAGCGAUGAUGAGAGGAAACACAACAAGAUGCUGGAAGCCAUCAGUUCUCUGGGUGGAAGAAGAAGGAAAAAACAGAACGAGCGCUCUGAAGCGAGUCUGCAAGUCUCCGAGUUCUUUGUCAAUGCGGAGGGUGCUGGAGAUAAGGUCAACCUUUCUGACCUGCUGGGAACCAUGGAGAAAACUUCAGGAACCUCCAAGACUAAGAAACAGCUAAGGAACCUGCAGAACAGAAAAGACACGUUGGAGCUCCCGCUCAACAAACAGCAGACUGAAAAGAUUCAGAGAAGUAUAGCAUAUGAGAAGACCACUAAAGAAGUGUCUCGCUGGCAGAACAUGAUAGUACAGAACCAGAAGGCCGAGCAGCUGGUCUUUCCUCUAAACCAGGAGCCUUCAGGGCCCAAAAGGGUGGAGCAGAUUGUAGCUGGAUGGAAGGUUCAGACACCUCUUGAACAAGAGAUUUUCAAACUCUUGCGCAACAACAAACAGCCAGUCCAUGAUCCUGUCCUGACUCCUGUAGAAGAGGCAUCGCUUAAGGCCAUGAGUUUGGAGGAGGCUAAGAUUCGUCGUGCAGAGCUCCAGAAAGCAAGAGCACUCCAGUCAUACUACGAGGCAAAAACCAAAAGAGAGAAGAAAAUCAAGAGCAAAAAGUACCACAAAGUUCAGAAGAAAGCUAAACGUAAGGAAUUUCUGAAGCAGUUUGAUGAAAUGUUAAAAACGGAUCCCACAGGAGCUUUGGAAGAGCUAAAAAAGAUGGAGCUCUCCAGGAUGGAGGAGAGGAUGUCUCUGAAACACCAGAACAGUGGCAAAUGGGCCAAAUCAAAAGCCAUCAUGGCCAAAUAUGAUGAUUCGGCACGUAAAGCAAUGCAGGAGCAGCUGCAGAUGAAUAAAGAUCUGACCCAGAAGAUGGUGGUGCUAUCUGAUGAUGAUCAUGAAAAUGAAGAUGAAGAAUCUGAGAGGGUUCCUGAUUUUGUAAACGAUCCUGAGCUGAUCAAUGACAACGUCAAUCCAUGGAUGAGAGGCAAGCUUACACGUGAAGAACCUGAGGUCAGCACAGUCACAACAGAGCAUGCUCCAACUGCUGAAGAGGAGGAGAAAGAGGAUGAGGACGAGGAACUUCUUGAUGACUUUGAGAUGAAGAGGAGGCUGAGGCAAGCAGAUAAAGAGGACUUGAUUCCUGCACCCACAGAUGAAGAGGCCGAAAACACAAGUGAGGUAUUGAGAGAAGAGGUGGUUGGAGAAGAUGUGGUUGAGGUUUCUGACAGUGAGGAGAAUGAUGAUGAAGAGGAGGAGGCUGUUUCUGAGUUUAACACUAUUUUCAAGCUUAUGAGAAGUGAGAAGACACGUGAAGGUCCAGCUCAGACACAGGAAGGGCAAGAAGAUGAAGAUGGGCUUUUAGAAGAGGGACACAUUUGGGUCAGGGAUAUGGAAGAUCUGGAUGUGUUGGGGGAAGUUUUGGACCCCAAACCAAGCACAGCUCCAUCAGUCCCAGAAACAGCUGCUGUGGAGGCAACAUCUGAACCACUUAAAAAGAAGAACAACAAGGAAAUCAACCUCAAUGAAGUUCUGACUAAAGAGGCUAAAGUCAUCAAAGUGCCCUUUGCGCCAACAGUCGUUGAAGAAGAGCAUGAUGAACAGAUCAACAUCAUCAAGGAGGCUUUCGCUGGAGAUGAUGUCAUAUCUGAUUUCCUAAAAGAGAAAAGGAAACAGGAGGCGGCGGGACGGCCAAAAAUUGUGGACCUGACACUGCCUGGCUGGGGAGAGUGGGGGGGUGUUGGUCUCAAACCAUCACGCCAAAAACGCAAAAGAUUUAGAGUAAAAAUGGCCCCUCCACCUCCAAGGCAAGACCAGAAACUGCCUGAUGUCAUCAUAUCAGAGAAGAGAAAUACAUCAGUUGCUGCCCAUCAGGUUAGCCACCUACCGUUCCCCUUUCAAAACACUGCACAGUUUGAGUCCUGCAUCCGUACUCCUAUCGGACAGACGUGGAACACACCAAUCACUGUGAAGAAGAUGACAGCACCCAAGAUCGUCACUAAAAUGGGGGCAAUCAUUGAGCCUGUGGUCAAAGAGGACUUCAUAAAGGAUAGGACUACCACAGCAGCAGAUAAAGGAUCAGCGAUCAUGUUGGGAGAAGCCAAUAAAAGACCAAAAAAAGGCAGACAACGGUCAUCAGAAAAAAAUCACGGAAGAGGAUCAAAGAGGAGAAAAAGAAACAAUCUUUGAAGACUUUGUGACUUCUUUCAGAGUAUGCAACAACAGUGACAGGAACCUUGUACUUAAGCAAAGAUUUGUAUGGAAAUUGAUGUAGGACACAUUUCUAUAAUAAAGCAAAACUGCUGAGCUUCAUUGAAA